UUAGGAUUGUCAAAAAUAGAUGGAAAAGAAAGGAAUCCUGUGCCAAGGGCAGGUACCCUUAGAACGGGAAGCCAUGGAUACAGUGCUGGGAAUGCAAAGCCAAGGACAAAAAGUAAUACUGCUCAAGCUGGACCUCCCUUGGCAAAGACUGAUGACUCUAAGAAGACUCUCCCUAGAGCAGGGAGCACAGACAAAAAGGUAGGACUACCUACACAGAGACAAUCAGGAAUAAGGACUGUGACCCCAAAGGUUCAGAACUUGGGCAAGGGCCCACUGAAGAAACCUGGCACAGGGAAUGCAGAUGCCAGUUCCUACAAAGCCAAAAAGACUAAAGAACCCAUUGUCCAAAGGGACUCUAAGGAUGCAUUCAGACAUCCUGCUAUCACGCCACAUGAGUACAUGCUGUCCUUAUACAGGACUCUUUCUGAUGCAGAACGAAAAGGCGUUAAUGGAAGUGUCAAACUGGAAACAGGACUAGCAAACACAAUCACGAGUUUCAUAGACAAAGGGCAAGAUGAUCGGACUCCAGCUAUUAAAAAGCAGAAAUACAUUUUUGAUAUCAGUGCAUUAGAAAAAGAUGGCUUACUAGGAGCUGAACUGCGCAUUUUAAGGAAGAAGCCUUCUGACACUUGGAAGUCGCAUUCUCAUGGGAAAACCUGUCAAGUGAAAUUAUUCAGUUGCUCCACAAGCAGGCAAGCUUCAAUCCUCUUGGACUCUCGGACAGUCAAUAUAAUUGACGCAGCAAAAUGGGAAGUGUUUGACAUUUGGAAACUUUUUAGGAAUUUUAAAAACUCUGCUAACUUGUGUUUUGAACUGGAAGCUUUUGAAAGGGGGAGGCCUAUUGAUUUAAGGACUGUGGGGUUCAAUAGAACAGGGAGGCAAGUCAAUGAAAAGGCUCUCUUCUUAGUAUUUGGUAGGACAAAGAAAAGAGAUUUAUUUUUCAAUGAAAUAAAGGCCAGGUCUGGCCAGGAUGACAAAACGGUAUAUGAAUACCUAUUCAAUCAAAGAAGAAAGAGACGAGCUCCUUUAGCAACUCGACAAGGCAAGAGGCCCAAUAAGAACCUAAAGGCCAGGUGUAGUAAAAAAGCACUCCAUGUAAAUUUUAAGGAUAUGGGCUGGGAUGACUGGAUAAUAGCCCCACUGGAGUACGAAGCUUAUCAUUGUGAAGGACUUUGUGAAUUUCCUCUUCGGUCUCAUCUGGAACCCACCAACCAUGCUGUUAUUCAAACCUUAAUGAACUCUAUGGACCCAGAGUCAACUCCUCCAACUUGCUGUGUUCCAACAAGGCUGAGUCCUAUUAGCAUUCUGUUUAUUGACUCCGCUAAUAAUGUAGUCUACAAACAAUAUGAAGACAUGGUAGUGGAGUCAUGUGGCUGUAGGUAG